AUGCCAAACUAUGCUGAUAUUCUAUUACCGAAAGUUACUAGAUCUGAAAAUAGUAUAGACUGCAAUUGUUAUAUUUGUUUGAGAGCUCGAUGCAUAAACCAUUCCAAAAAUCAGUUUGUUUUGGGACAAAAGCGAAACUUGAACAACAAUAUAGAUAAAUUAAAUGGGCUGUACGGCUCUUCAACUCAAAAAAUAAAUUAUACCAAAACAGUCAAUAAACCUAACGUGAAAAGAAGUGCGAAAAAAGUGAUUAAAUUAUGUGAGAAAUGCUUCCAAAAAAUAGGCAACGGCCUUAAUCAUUCGUGCGCGCACACAUGCGAACCGCAAACCCAUACCAUUCGACAAAAUGUUAUGAAAUUGGUUAAUGAACUACCUGAUAAACAAAAGGAGCAUGUAGCCUCAUCAAUUUUAAAAGAUAUAUCUAAUAAAGUCGUUGGGGAUUCAAUGCGAUUGAGUACCGGAGGUCGUGGAAAAACUAUUUAUUUUAAAACAAAUGAACCCAACGAUAAAAUUUUAUUUUCAACGGGAGACCUAGAUUCUUUCCACGUGAAUUCUGCAGUUUCCACUAACCAUAUGAGAAAAAUGAGUUCUUUCAUACGCAAGACUGCAGGUAGAAAAUCUGUACCUGUAAAGUAUGAACAACACAUUAGAGACAGAUCUCAUUUAUUAGAUACAUUUUAUCAAAAAGGCUUAUUUGAAUUUGAAACGGCGGAUGGAAAUUACCAAACAAGGCCUGUGGUUUGGGCUAACGUAAAUGAAUUAUUAGAAGAAGUUUUGAAAGAACGUAACUUAAUCGGUUAUUAUGUUGUAAAAGUAAUGGCAGAUGGUGGGCAAGGCUUUUUUAAAGUAUCAAUGUCCAUAAUUCCUGAUUCAGAAAAUGGUACAGUAGAAGAUUAUUCAGAUAGCUUAUCUAAUGAAGAUAUCAUUUACAAUAUUUCUUCAAAAAAAAGGAAAUUUAAUCAAGAAAAAUUAGGAUACAAAUCAACCAGUGUUAAAAAAUUGAUUAUGAUUUGCAUCGUUCCAGAUAUCAAGGAAACGUACAAUAAUAUAAAAUUUCUCUUUGAUUUAGUAAAACUGAAUGAAGUUUCUUUUAAGUUUGUGUCCGAUUUCAAGCUUCUAUUAAUAAUUAAUGGACAACAAACAGCCACUUCCAUGUUUCCGUGUCCGUAUUGUUCAAUUAGUCUAAAAGAUUUAAGAAAUUUCCAUAAAAUAGCUGACUGCCAAAUAUUAGGUCACGAUAAAUCAAAGUCACUAAAAACGUAUGGAGAUUUAAAACAAGAUUGUGCUAAGUAUGUUUCUCUAGGUAAGAGCAAGAAGAUGUCCAAAGAAUCGCACAGUGUAAUAAAUGAGCCAAUUUUUUAUGAAGAUAAAGAUGUUAAAGUAUUAGAGAAAUGCUAUAUUCCAGAAUUGCAUUUGCUGCAAGGCUUUGUUAACCACCUUUUCUGGAAUGGGUUGGUACUAGUCCUAGGUAGAGAAAAAGCACUGAUAUGGCCUCUAAAAUUAAAAAUUAUUUCAAAAAAUUAUCACGGGGAAAUCUUUGAGGGGAACGCAUGUAGAAAAUUACUAAAAGAAGCUGACGCACUAUGUGAUAAAAUAAUAUAUGAAAAUGUCGGUAUAUUGGCUCUUGUACCAUUUAUAUCUGCUUUUAAGGCUAUGAAUAAAAUGGUAAAUUUAUGUUUUUCCACUGAAAGAAGAGGCUCUAUUGAUGCCCUGGAUAAAAUCAUCGAAGAGCUAAAAAAAGCCUUACUAGCAACAGGAGUAUCAAUAACUUUAAAAAUACAUGUAUUGUUAGAACAUGUUAAACCAACUUUAAGCUUAUUAAAGAAUUCAGAAGGUCUUGGAAAGUGGUCGGAGCAAGCCGGCGAGUCCGUGCAUCGAGAGUUCCUAAGCUUUUGGGAAAAACAUAAAAUUAAUUUAAUUAACGAUCCUUCUUAUUCUCAGAGAUUAAAAGCUGCAACCGUUCAAUUUUCAUCAUUUCACAUUUAA